AAAUAAACUCUGAUCAAACUAUAGCCUGAUAGCUGUCUGCUAAGUGUUAAAACAUUCGGCUUGGUAAGCCUAACCCACUUACACCAAGUGCAGGAAGGUGUAGCUUUAGCUAAACUUCUUACAUUUUAAAUCAGGUAGGUAACUUUUGGAUAUGAAAUCUAAAAGUUGUUAAGAACUCAACACUAACUUAGUCUUAGGCCUAGGCUUAAUUUAAAAUACUACUACUACUAGUAUUAAGAAUUAUGUUAGUAAAAGUUAGUUAGUAUUAUUAGUAAUUAGUAGCUUAUUUUUAUGUAUUGAUAUAGACUUAUUAAUGAAGACUGCUAUAAUUCUAUAAUUUCUAUUAGUAUUAUUCAGGAGUUGCAAUUCAAUAAUUUUUAAAACACUCAGUCAUCAGAAAUGUGAAAAUUAAAUAUUAUGAACUGAAGUGAAAUUUUAUUUAGUAUUUAGGCAUAGUAAAACAAUUGGGUUAAAUACUAUAAACACCUUAUGUGACCUUAUAUUAAUUUUAAAUUAGGUUUAAAGAAUUUAUUUAAGUUAAAAUUCAAAACUUACUCAUUUUAUUUUAUACUUUAUAUUUAUUACCAAUACAUUUUUUUUUCAUUUAUUACAGUUGUUUUUGCACAUAAGAGUCUGUGGAUUGUAAAUUAAUUGAAAUGGCAGCUAUUAAUACCGAUUUGUCUAAGAUUGGGUAUGUCAUUUUUAAUGUUCAUUUUUGUGCAAUUUAUAUUUAAAAUUUCAUAAAAUUCUGUACCAAAUGUAUUCUGUCGCUUUUCAUUCCUUCUUCAUUUAAAAUGGUUUUUUAAAUAUUUUUUUAACUGAAAUUGUUUUAUUAUUAUUAAUCUAGUGUGAAUCAGUUACUGAUAACUCUCAAUUAAAUUUGCUAAAUCUUCUUGUAGUGCUAUAUUCCCUUUUCACAACAUCUUUGUUUGCGUCAACUUUGUCAGUCUGAUGAGAACUUUUGUGAAAAGGCACAAGAGAUUAUCAAUUUGUUCGUGGUAGGAAUUAAUUUGAAACAGUCAUUUCAUCUACCCUGCAACAGAUGAAAAAUAUGCUGAGGCAUUCAAAUUACAUGCUAGUGACAAUAAGGACAGAAUCAAUCUUAUUCUCAUGUAUCAAUGUAUCACUCUCAUAAUCUCAAAGCUAAAUAUAUUUUUCAUACAAACCAUGAUAUUUUUCUAGCUGAUAAAUGCUGAUAAACAUUUUCUCAUCACCCCCUCUCAUAGUAUUUAGAUACAGUAAAAUUUACUGACCUUCUCUAGUUCAUAGCCACCUCCAAAACAAACUCUUUAAGUUCUAAAUGAAUGAAUGAAAACUUAAGAACAAUUGUGUAAAAGACAGGAAGCAGUCUGGUAAAUCCUGACUGAUAGGGGAUUAAAUAUGAUUAAAUGAAUUCAAUAUCUUUGUUUUUUUACCUUUAGGGAUGGAAUUUACCCACUUCAAAUGAAUCUUAAUGAAAGAUCAGAGGCAAAAAAACUGUUCUGCAUUUUAUGCAACAGCAAGUACAACCACACAAAUAAUUUUUUUAAAUUUACAAGAUAAGAUUCUUUUUAUUGAUCCAAACACGUGGAUAUUUUUUUGAGAUACAUUGAACAAUUUUUGUUCAGCAUAUUGAAAAAAAAAGACAAUAAAAAACAUUCUCAUUAUCUUACCAAUACAAUUAUUUCAAGUAGGACAGUUUAACAGCAAAUUUUUCAACACAAACCUCACUCACUGAGGCCCAUACCAGCUUAAGAACAAUUGUGUAAAAGACAGGAAGCAUUCUGGUAAAUCCUGAUCGAUAGAGAAUUAAAUGAAUUCAAUAUCUUUGGUAUUUUACCUUUGGGGAUAGAAUUUACCCACUUCAAAUGAAUCUUAAGUGACUGGUGUUGUGAAUGUGAUUUAUCCAUCAAAUUUUGAAAAAAUAAUUCAUCUCCAAAAUGAGGUCUAUAGGCAUAGGCCCACUUUUUUUUUAUAUCCUAGUUUUUAAAAAAAGGUAAACAUUUAAUUUUAUAUUUUGAUGCUUAUUUAAUUCCUCUUUCAGUUAUACAUAUGAAGACAUCCAGCGCAUGGCACAGGUAAUACUAUCAAAUACCAAUCUACGUCCCUCUAUCGGCAUUAUUUGUGGUACAGGUCUAGGAGGGAUUGCCGAUGUUGUGGAGAAUCCUGUCACAGUGUCUUAUGACACAGUGCCUGGAUUUCCUGUCAGCACAGGUAUUGGCUAGGAGCUAUUUUCUUUUCUUUUAUUGUUUUAAAAAAUAUGCUUAAUUAUUAACAGUCUACUGAAUAUGUUGAAUUCUAAAUUGUGAAAUAUAUAUAUAUAUAAAUAUAUAUAUAUAUAUAUAUUUUAUCAAGUACUCCAGUGUCUCCCGCUUUCUAAGACAUAUAUUAUCACAAUAUUAGUGUUCCACUGCAAAAAGAUAACCCUAAGCUUUACAAUAUCCAACAAGAUUAUUUUUCCAUAGCUUUUAGAAGUAGAAUUAUGAAUAUUUAGUCACUUUGUUCUUCGCUAAAAUAACAUUUCUAUUUAUUACUGUGAUUGGUUUUUACAUGUGAAAAUAUUUUGUUUUUAACUUAUUUCUUUUUGAAAUAGCAGCAACAAAAUUGAAAGGAGACACUAACAAAUAUGCUUGAAAAAUGUCUUAAAAUAGUUAGUCAAACAUGCUCAUCAAUAUUUUUCUAAAGUAAUAAUCUGCAUAAUUGUUUGAAAAUUAAAUUAACAAGAAAAAAAGCAGAAUAAUUACUAAAAUAUGUAAAACAAAAAAAAGGCUGAAUAUUUUGUUGGUGUUAUUUGGUUGCUUUAAAAAAUUCAACUUUACUUUAAAAUUCAUCUCUAUUAUUUUCCCCUAUGUAUAGUAAAAGGCCACUCUGGAAAGUUUGUAUUUGGAACAUUGAGUGGUAAACCUGUUUUGCUGAUGAUGGGAAGAUUUCAUUAUUAUGAAGGAUAUCCUAUGUGGAAGGUAAAUUUACUGGUGGUUGAAAAUAUUUCAUCCAUGGAAUUAUCAUCACAAAUACGAUGACAAUUAGUGACUAAAUAAUUAAAAUAAUUUGUAAUUAGAAAUUAAUGACAUGCCAUUGAGAGUAUUGGAAGCUAUAAUAUGUUGUUUUCAAUAGGUAGCCAUGCCAGUGAGAGUAAUAAAGGCUAUGGUUGUUUUCAACAGGUAGCCAUGUCAUUGAGAGUAUUGAAGGCUAUAAUAGAUGUUGUUUUUGAUAGGUAGGCAUGCCAAUGAGAGUAAUGAAGGCUAUAAUAGAUGUUUUUUCAAUCGGUAGCAAUACCAGUGAGAGUAUUGAAAGCUAUAACAGAUGUUGUUUUCAAUAGGCAGCUAUGCCAGUGAUAGUAUUUUUUUAUUUUACCUUAGCAGUUUAUAGUUUACAUAUUUUUAAUAAUUGUAAAGCGCUUAGAGCUGUAAGGUAAGCGCUAUAAAAAAAUGCCUAUAUAAAUAAAUAAAUAAUAGAUGUUGUUUUCAAUAGGUAGCCAUGCCAGUGAGAGUAAUGAAGGCUAUGGUUGUUGUUUUCAACAGGUAGCCAUGCCAGUGAGAGUAAUGAAGGCUAUGGGGAUAGAGACCCUACUCCUGACUAAUGCAGCUGGAGGAUUAAAUCAGAGCUACAAAACCGGGGACAUCAUGUUACUAAAAGAUCACAUCGAUCUACCGGGUCUUACAGGGGAAUGUGUGCUUAUUGGCAAAAAUGAUGAAAGGCAAGUGUUGAAUCAUUGUUGUUAGAUGGAUUUCCGCUUUAGUUUACAAUCAUCAUAAUAAAUUAAUAAACACAUGAAUUGUCUGUAAAAUGUGUUAACAAAGAUGUAUCUACUCAUUCUUGGGGGUGCUAGUCCCACAGUUCUCUUCUAGAUAUUUUGUUUGAGCAGGAAAAAAAAAAUUAUAUAUUAAAUGUGUGCCUGUGUUACUAAGAGAAACAAAUUGUCUCAAGCUUACCUACUGAAUGAUCUCCAGGUUUGGUCCCAGAUUUUUAGCUACAAAUGGAACUUAUGAUUCUGAUUUUAGAGGAAAGUUUUUAAGAGUGGCUACUGAGCUUGGCCAUGGUGAUCUCAUGAAAGAGGGUAUUUACAUCAUGAUUGGGGGUCCAACAUUUUCUUCAACUGCCGAAGCACGGGUUCUACGAAUGUUUGGAGCAGAUGCAGUUGGUAAGUACUUCAAGACCAGAAAAUAAUUUAAUCAUUUGUAUAACUUUCAGAGAGAAACAACAUUGGGUGAGAUAAGUGACCUAUGUUGAGCCACAGAUGUGGAAACAGAUGAGUCCAAUUGUCUCACUGCAAAGGGCUUUGGGUGUUUGGUGGAACUGAGAGAGAAAGGAAAGAAUAUUUAUUGAUAUAAGCUCCAUAUCAUAGUGCACCUACUUUGGAAACAGAAAUACUCUGAUUUUUUCAGAUAGUUGGUCUGCAUAAAGAAAUGUUCCCCAAGUUAUUCAUGAGAUUUAUGUACAUUCUGUGGUGGCUGUACACAAAUUUCGUUGUUCUGUAUAGCAUACUCAAAACUUUAAGAACUUGAGUAUGUGGCAAUGAGAAAGUUGAAAAGGCAGUUUGGGAUGGGACCAGCCAUGGCCUUUUUCAUCUUACAGAAUUUAUACUGGCGAUUGCUGACAGAACCCCAUCUAAUUAUUUAAGUGACAAACAUGAAACCUAGUUACAAAAAAUUUCAGUGAAACAUAAUUUUUCUUUAGUAAAUUGUUAUUCCAAGUAUUUUCAAAAUAUUUGUGUCAUAUUACUGCAUAUUUUGAUUUUCCUCUUAUUGGAGUGUUCAUGGCAUAACAUAAUAUUUACAUGAUUUAGUAUGCUAUUUGUUUGGCGUUUAGUUUUAAGUAAUUAUUUACAAUAAAGUGAAAGAUUACAUUCUUUAUAUUAAUUUAAAAUAAAACCUAUUUCGUCAAGCAAAGUAACAUGAACUAAUUACCGGUAUGAAGGAUUACUAAAGAUGAAGCAAAAUGGUCAACACGUUGAUGAAAGCUUUCUGUUGUAAGGAACCAAAUACAUGCUUUGUAAUACUUCAUAUUUUUUAACCUGUAAGCAUUUUACUUCAGCUUAAGAUACAAUAUUUUUACUAUGUCCUCACACCAGGGAUGAGCACAGUACCUGAAUCUGUUGUUGGAAGACACAGUGGCAUGCGUAUUUUGGGGGUAUCACUUAUCACAGAUAUGGUGGAACUUGAAGAUGGAUCCCAGUUUCAGGUCACCCAUGAAGAUGUUCUAAGGACAGCCAAUGAAAGAGCUCAGCUCAUGCAGAAGAUGUUUCUAAAAUUUGUUACCCUUAUUGAUUAAAUAGUAUAAUACUGAUCUGCAGUGCCGGAUUUACUAUUCAGAAUCCUGGUGCAAGCAGCUCAAAUAUAGUAGACUCAUUAACCAAUUUUAAUUUUUCACCACCCGACAUUUAUUCAAGCCGUUUGAUGUAGUUCAGAAUUUAUUGUUUUGAUCAGUUAAUUUCUCAAAAUUAAAAACUUUGUAGUGAAUUAAUUAAUGAGAGCAUCUCCUGUUCCACAGGCUAUUGUUUACGAUUGAAGUAGUUUUUCUUUAUUCACUCCAUUAUGAUCUUCCACUAAUACAUUUAGAGGGCAGUUUCAUGUUUUCUCCUAUUAUCAAUUCAUUUACAAUGUUGAUCUUUAUUUUGGGAUCAUAAAUUAUUAUUCUUUUCCAUGUUGUUUUAUAGAUUUAGUGUGUAAAUGUUGACUUUGACAUGGUUCAGGUCCCAUCUAAUAAUUUAUGCUUCAUUUAUAAUCCAUAAAGUAGCAUCAGUUUGUGAAACAGACUGAUUACAUUGCAAAACUUUAGAUGUAUGGUUGGUUCAUUUUUAUUCACAUCAUUGCUGAUAUCAAGCCUAUUCUUGCAAUAAUAUGCAAGAAUGAAAUAUGCAUAAUUAAAAGAUAAGAGAAGGCUGUGUUAACAACCUUUUUACCAAAAGUAACGCUUAAAAUAAAGAUUAGCUUAAUUAUAAAUUUGUAGAACCUGAUUACGUAAUUUAUAUAUGUGAUAAAAGUGCAAGUGAUUAUAAUAAUGUUCAUGAUUCACCCUGCUACAGUCACAUUGAUUAUUUUCUCUGUAUGACCUGCUUCCUCUGAGUUCAAAUCAAAGUCAGUUACCUUGAAACAAAAAGACGAAAAAGCAAUUCCUCGUUGCCAGGUACCAUUAGUUCAUGAUGUGAUGACUGUUUAAUUAUUUUUAUUUAAACCAAAAGUAUUAUGGCGCAGAUUGUAUCAUUUUUAAUCCGGCACCACUUAUUUUUUAGAUCAAAUUAGUAUAAUACAGAUUUUAUGAUUUUAUUUGACAAUACUUAUGUGACCUUGCAAUCUAAGAUGUCCAUUCUAAUAUCUUAGUUUAAAUGCUCAAAAUUAUAAUGCCUAUUUAUUCAUGUUCAUUUACCGCAUGAAUGUGAUCUGCAUGUAUCUUCCUUCUUAACAUUUUCUAACAUUCUUAGUGGUAAAAUUAGAACUUCAUUUAUAAUUAUAUGUUCUAAUUACUCACGAGUCUUAUUUGUUAGUAGUGCUAAUAUUGUUAGAAAUAUAUUUUUUACACUAAUGGGCUAGUUCAUAAUCUUGUAGAAAAGACUUUAAAUGAAUGUGCUACAUCCUUUUUAUUUUAUACAACUAGAUAAAGUCCACCAGCUAUGAUGGAAAUAACAAAAAAAAUUUAAGAAAAAGUAAUAAAAAGUCUAUUGCGGCACUGACUAUGCCCUAUAUUGCAAAAGUUUAAAAACUAAUGCACAUUGCUUCGCCCAUCCUAAACCUAUAUGUGCUUUCAACAUAUUUAGAACAAUGUUGUGGCUUUUCCAAAGUUGCGUUAGCUUCCGGUCUUCUAGACAAAGUGAGCAGAAAGAUUGCAACCAAAGCUGAUCUAAAUUUCCAAGUAAAUUCACAAUUUCGUGUCAUGCUAGGAUUUUGACAUCUGUUUCUGUUAAAUUGUGCCAUGAUGUUAGCUGCUUCUAUUAUAAAUUUACAUAGUUUCAGUUAAUACUUGAUUCUGUGAUUUCUAUCGUCUACUACUAACAAUAUUGUUAUUUCAGCAAAAGCAAUGUGUUCAUCUUGAUUUAAGUUUAAAUGUUCAUUUUUUUGCAGACAGGUAAAUAACAGCAUCAAAAUAAAUCUAUGUUUAUGUUUCCCCAAAAAUCUAAUAUAAGCUGUCCAAGCUAGCAAAGUCUCCAUUUGAUCCUUGUAAUAAUAUUGACCUUAUAUUGUGAUAUUUAGCCUAUUUUCUCUACAAAUAGUAAAUUUUGUAUUUGAUAAAAUAUCAAAUGUCAUACUACUUUAAAGAUUCAUUAUUCAUAUCAGUCUAUAGAGAAGACCUGCAUUCAAAUUAAAUAUUGAUGUUUUACAUAAUAUUUUGAUUGAAUCUUCAUUAAAAAAAAUGUGUCCAUUUUUAGCUUUAUAAUUUGUAGUUCAGAAUUAUCGCAAUGUCAUUAAUUAUUAAUUUGUUAUGGUUCAAGCUGUGUAAUAAAGUGCCACAUUAUUUAUUUCAUUUAAUAAUUUGAAAUGUUUAAUUAAAUUUUUUAAUCAAUUUUAUAAGCAUUUAAAGAUUUCAUUAUUAUUUUGUAAUUUUUUAAAAUCAGUUAACAUAAUUUUUACUGCCAUUCUUGAUCUAGACAGGUUUAUAUACACUACUGAGAAAAUCGUAAAGAUAACCUCAUUUACUCAUUCAAAUACAGUGGAACCUCUCAUAACGAGUAAUUUGCAUAAAGCGCAAAAAAAAAUGUCAAGAAGUUGCUCCCUUAACGAGCGAUAUUUUGCAUAACGAGUUACGCAGAAAAGGGAAGUCCCUUUUUCCAGACAUUCAUUUGUGAGCCAGGACUUCUGCGCCAAUGCAUUAGUCCAGCGGUUCUCAAUCUGUGGGUCGUGACCCCUUUGGGGGUAGCGCGGCCCUUUCCCAGGGGUAGCCUUAGACUAUCUGAAAGUAGCAACAAAAAUAAUUAGGUUGCUGGGGGGUCGCCAAGACACGAAACUGUAUUAAAGGAUCGCGGCACUAGGAAGGUUGAGAACUAUUGGAUUAGUCUGUGUUUAGCACUCUGUCUGUUAGCGUAUUGUUUUCGUGUGUGAUCACCAGUUUUUACAAAUUUUGUAUUUCAGACAGUAUUCGUAAUUUUUUUAUGUGCAAAGUGUAAUAACCUAUGCUAAAAUGUCUUCGAAAAAAAAUACAAGAAGACAAUCAUAAAAGAGAAAAAAUAACUGUUGAAAUGAAACGAAAAUAUUUGAAAAGCGAGAACAAGGUGUGAGCGUGACUAUUGGUGCUACAAAUUUAUUCAAUGAUAAUGCUGUGACACAUUUUUGUCAAAUUUUGAAGCGUUGGCAAAAACAAAUGUCUUUAGACAGUUUUCUAAUUAAAAAAGAUUAAUUAUUUGUCAUAAAUUCAUAUUUUUAUUUACGUUUUUUGUUUCAAAUCUAAAUUGUAUUCCAAGUUGUUACACUCCUUAACAAUUCAUAAGAAAUUUUAUUUGAAUAAAUGUUAAUAAAAUUUUUUGAAAAAUUAGUAUUUUUUCAGCAUGGAACACAUUAUCGUAUUUUACAUUGAUUUGUAUGGGAAAAAUUGUUUCGUUUAACGAGUGUUUCGCUUAACAAGUAAGAGUCUGGAACGAAUUAAACUCGUUAUGAGAGGUUCGACUUAUAUUGCUAAAAAGCAUGCUCUUGCUCUAUGUUUAUCACAAGAACAAAUUCUUGCAAAAUUUAUCUAUGCCAGGUGUUUAGUUAGGAAUGUUUUGUAAUUAAAAUCAUAUGUUUUUAUAAUUAUUAUAUUACCUUACAAAUGACUUAAGUAAAUGUUCAAAAUUAAUUUCCUUUGAAGAAAUUACAUUUAGCAAGGAAUUGAAAUAUCUUGUAGUAGAUAUAUGGUAUUUAAAAAGGGAAAUGUCAUAAUUAUAAAUUAUUAUCAGUCACUGUCAUAUGUCAAAGUUGUUAAGCAGUUCAGAGUUUGAGCAACAUCAUUCAUAAUACAGAAAGAUUUAUUUUAACUUUUAAUAGUUGAAAAAUUCAUUUAGAAUAAAAUUUACACAAUUUUUUUUCCCCUCUUUGGUUUAUAGGGAUUUCAUGAGCAUGUGACAGAGAGUUAUCUUUAAGUAACUCCUGAAAAUAUGAAUGAAAAAGAUGGAAAUUAUCAAUUUAUAACUUUGCAAAAAAUGUAAUAAUUUUACAUAAAUAAAUAUACCUUUAGUAAUAACAGUAUAUUUCCUUCCUUUUUUUUAAAUAGCAAAGUUGGAACAGAACUUUUUUAAAUUUUGAAAGACCAUUAUAUGUUUAAUUUUAAGUAAUGUCAAAUAUACUAAACCAAUUUGUAAAAGUUGAGUUGGUUUAGAAUAAAUUAGAUAAAAUAGAUCUCAAGGAAGUCAGGGCAUUAGGGUGACAAGCGCCUAAGAAUACGAUGAUACAUUUUAUUUCAAGAAUCAUGAAGCAAGUAAAUGUUGCAAGAAAAUGGAAGCACACUUUUGGGGCUUUCAUAUUAGAAUUUCUUGUUAAAUUGCUAUUCUUUCUAUGCAGACAUUCAAUUUUAAAACACUGCUUUCUUAGAAAUGAAAACCUUUUUAAUCCUUAUUGCUUUUUAUCUUAUUGAUAACAAUUUUUUUUUAGUUGUAAUAAUUAAAAAAGCAAGAACUAACAC